CAAGGGGGAGGAUCCAGGCUUGGGGGUGGACCCUGCACUCUCAACCCCACCCCUUAGCUUUGAAUUCCAGCUCAGUCUCCAAGCAGCUGAGUGACUGGAGGAGAAGGUAAACAGCUUCACCUCUUGGAACCUCAGCUGCCUCACCCCCUGUGGACCUCCCAAACACACCCAGGGGGUGAAUGAAGUGUGAAGAGCCAGACCUGGUGGGUGGGGGUGCACUGCCUGGGAGCUUCAACUAGCACAGGUUGAACCCCAGCCAGGGCUGGUGAGUCCUAAAUGGGAGGGCAGCCUUUUGUGGGGCCUGAGGGCCAGGCCAGGACGCCAAUCCAAUUGCUACUUUCUAUAUGACCUUGGAUGAGGAUUAAAUGAGUUAAUAGAAAUCAAGCACCUGUAGACAAUGUCUGGCACCAAGUGCUGCAUUAAGUUAAUAUGUCCAGACUUUCAGUCUCAGACUUGGUUCUUCCCUCUAUAACCUGUGACCCUCAUUGGCUCUACUGGUCACUGCUUCUGCAGCCACACCUGCUUGUCAGAGACCCCCAAUCUCUCCCGACUCCCAAUCAGCAAACUAUCAACCCUCCGUUUUGAGUUGGGGUCCUCUCCUCUCUGGGGCCACUAGUCUUGGGGCCCAGCAGCCUGCUGGGUAACUCAUUCCUCACUGCCUUUUCCCAAUCCUGCCCUCCUUGUCAUCUGCUGUACCACGUGCACAGUACAGGGAUCCAGAAAAGGAGGCUGGUUGCCAAGGCAACAGAGGAUAAAGCCCUUGCUCUGCCAGGCUGCUGAUUGGCUAAGACAGGUCCCACCUCCUGCCAUUCUGAGAGUGGGGAGUAGAGAGAAGGGUCUCAGAUGGGCAGGGAGAGGUACCAGUGUGCUAAGCCAGCUGAGGACUGCCCCCACUUGGCCCACUCAGAGCCGGAGAAGCUCUGUCUCCCAAGGGGGGCGUUGGCUUCGCCCUAUCUCUGCCUCCAGCACCCAGAGCGGCCACAGAUGGCAGUGUCCCUGGGGACAGCAGCUGCGACUGAGUCUACAGGCCGAUGCUGAGCUGCUCAGGCCGAGGCCGUGUGCUCAGCAUAGAGCCCCCUGGAACAGGCAACCGCAGGGCGUGAGGAGACCCUGGAGCCCAGAGAUGGUGAGGAAUGGUCCAAGGUCACACAGAAGGCCUGGCUGGAGAGUUUGUGGAACCUGAACUCUGCUCCCCAGAUCUACAACAUUGCAGCUGAUGUGCCAAAGCCGCCGCGAUGCCGCACUUUCUGGACUGGUUCGUGCCUGUCUACCUGGUCAUCUCCGUGCUCAUCCUGGUGGGUUUCGGCGCUUGCAUCUACUACUUCGAGCCGGGGCUGCAGGAGGCGCACAAGUGGCGCAUGCAGCGCCCCCUGGUGGACCGGGACCUCCGCAAGACACUGAUGGUGCGGGAUAACCUGGCCUUUGGUGGCCCGGAGGUCUAAGAGCCGACGUGCGCAGGUCGCAGGUGAGGGUACCCGGUGUCCUCGCUCCACCCGCCGAGCCUGGAGACUCUCGAAGCAAAGGGAGGAUGACCCCUUGGUCCUCCAGCUAUCUCUCUGCAGCCCGGGCUUCCAGCAUAGCCACCUGGUCCUCCGGGAGGCCCCUGGCCGUACAGGUGGGGCGCCUGGAGGUCUUGAGGAGGCCGAAGGUAUUGAUCGCUUCUGCGGACCCCCUGGGUCAAGCCAGCUCUCUCCGCGGCGGCCUUCCCCAGCUCCGGGGACAUCCCCCACCGGCCCCUGGGCUUUGUGCUGCCCAGCAUUCUCCCCCUCCACCUGGAAUCCACAUGGCUGCUCCUGCUUGUCCUGUGCCUGCGGAUCCCCCUUUCCCCACUGAAUCCCCAGUCUCCCUCGCUCCCCUCCCUUCACAAAGGCAUCGGCCCUGCAGCUACUUGGGGAAGGCUUCAAAGCUGACUCAGGGAAAGGGCCUCCGUUAAAGGCUGCCUGCCCAGCCCAGCCCAGCCCCACCCUUCGGGCUUAGGCUUGGAAUGGUUGAGGGUGGGUAGUAGGGGUAUUUGCAGAGGGUAGGGCCAUGGGAAGGGGAGUGUGUGUGUGUGUGUGUGUGUGUGUAUUCCGUGUGUGAGAGUCCCAGGGCUCUGUGGGUGUGAGGACUGUCCUCAGUUGGUUCCAACUCCCUCCUUCUGCCUGCUAAGGCAGCUGACAGGAGUCCCUGGCCACCCACCCUCCCUAUCCCAUGCUGCACUUCCAGGAUUGAGCCCAGCCCCUCUUGAGCCAGGAUGCCCAGAACACAAGCCCACCCUGGAGCCCUCCUCCUGUGCAGAGUCUUCAUUGCCUCCCUUUGGAUGUAGAUUGACAGCCUGUCUCACUAUCCUUUGCUGGGGCUUCCAUCUUCAUUUAUUCCCAAUAAUAAAGACUUCAUGACUACCUU